AUGUCGUCGGGGCCUAAUGUUGAUCGAUUCAUGGAUGAGAAAAAGGAGAGGAAAGCGCUAGCAAAUAGAGAAGCGGCAAAGCGUUCACGUAUAAAGAAACAAAAGGAGUUGGAGGGCAUAGUCACUGAAAAGAGCGUGGUAUUAGAGGAUAUAAAGAACAAAAGAAUUGAAAUUGAAAACUAUGACAAUGACUAUUCUAUGACGGAGAAUGAAAAUAACUCUUUGGAUGCUGGAACUUUGAUUGUGAAUAAGUUUCUGAAUUGCAUGAGCUUGUACAAGAAAAAACUUGGGAUUCCAGACCAGACGCUCGAGACUCCGGCACCUACGUUCAAUCCUUGGCAGUCCCAGUUUAGACACUAA